GAUAGACUUAUCAAGCACAAAGUAGAAGAGAUUAUACGUAAAAAGAAGAAGCUUGAAUACAUAUAGUUGGAUUGAACUUUCUACACAAAAAGGGCCACGGCGGUGGCCGGAGCUAAAAAAAGAAGUAAUAUGUCUCAUCUGUUUUGUCGUAUGACAGAGCUGGAAAACAUGACGGGUAAGGGUCUGGAAAUAAGGGAGUAUUGGAGCGGUGCUCCAGAGGGCGCGUAUGUCGUCGCGAUUCGUCUGCGGCCUCGCGAGCACAAGGAGAUACCGGCGACCAAAUUCCGGGAUGCUAUUGUGGAUUCGUGUAAUCGUGGAAUGGUCAUCAAAGUUACGAUAGAUGGUUCUGAUUUUCAAACGCUCCUAGCCCAAGAGUUCAUUUUCAACAUAAAACUCACCUUUAUCAUUGACGCUAAUGGAAAACUCGCCGUCACCAAACUCAAGAGCGACCAAACGCUGAAAACCGAGCUCACCCGAAUCUUUAAACCUACUCGGUUGCGGGCAUUAUUUCGGAGGCCGACGAUGAGAGAGCCUGAUCAAAGCAGGGACAUUGAUGAUCACCAAGAGGGUACUGUUUCAGUUUCUUUGCCCUUUUGUUUUCUUUUAUUUCUUUCUUAUCUAUUAGAGGCAUCUACAUGUCCCCUUCCCCAAACAUAGCUAGAUACACAUAAAAACUAUAGGUCGAACAUUGAUAAUUGUUGCUGUAGACAAAGAAAUUAAACAU